CACCAUGUUGGCCAGGCUGGUCUCCAACUCCUGACCUCAGGUGAUCCACCCGCCUUGGCCUCCCAAAGUGCUGGGAUUACAGGCCUGAGCCACGGCGCCUGGCCAUAUUUACUACUUUUUCUAUCAAGAUUUCAAUGUUUUCCAAAGUUCAAGAAAUCUCAGCUUCUCUACACAAUUAUGUUAGAAAUGUAUCAGACAUGGCCGUCGCUCUCCAACGCCAGAGCCGCCUCUCGCUCACCGAGCUCCAGCCGAAGGAGAAGGGGGUAAGUAAGGAGGUCUCUGUACCAUGGCUCGUACAAAGCAGACUGCCCGCAAAUCGACCGGUGGUAAAGCACCCAGGAAGCAACUGGCUACAAAAGCCGCUCGCAAGAGUGCGCCCUCUACUGGAGGGGUGAAGAAACCUCAUCGUUACAGGCCUGGUACUGUGGCGCUCCGUGAAAUUAGACGUUAUCAAAAGUCCACUGAACUUCUGAUUCGCAAACUUCCCUUCCAGCGUCUGGUGCGAGAAAUUGCUCAGGACUUUAAAACAGAUCUGCGCUUCCAGAGCGCAGCUAUCGGUGCUUUGCAGGAGGCAAGUGAGGCCUAUCUGGUUGGCCUUUUUGAAGACACCAACCUGUGUGCUAUCCAUGCCAAACGUGUAACAAUUAUGCCAAAAGACAUCCAGCUAGCAUGCCGCAUACAUGGAGAACGUGCUUAAGAAUCCACUAUGAUGGGAAACAUUUCAUUCUCAAAAAAAAAAAAAAAAAAAAAAUCUCUUCUUCCUGUUAUUGGUAGUUCUGAACGUUAUAUAUUUUUUUCCAUGGGGUCAAAAGGUACCUAAGUAUAUGAUUGAGAGUGGAAAAAUAGGGGACAGAAAUCAGGUAUUGGCAGUUUUUCCAUUUUCAUUUGUGUGUGAAUUUUUAGUAUAAAUGUGGAGACGUAAAGCAUUAAUGCAAGUUAAAAUGUUUCAGUAACAAGUUUCAGCGGUUCAACUUUAUAAUAAUUAUAAAUAAACCUGUUAAAUUUUUCUGGACAAUGCCAGCAUUUGGAUUUUUUUAAAACAAGUAAAUUUCUUAUUGAUGGCAACUAAAUGGUGUUAGUAGCAUUUUUAUCAUACAGUAGAUUCCAUCCAUUCACUAUACUUUUCUAACUGAGUUGUCCUACAUGCAAGUACAUGUUUUUAAUGUCGUCUGUCUUCUGUGCUGUUCCUGUAAGUUUGCUAUUAAAAUACAUUAAACUAUAAAAAAAAAAAAAAAAGAAAGAAA